AUGCGUCAUUUUGACGUCACACGCGGAGCCAACAUGGCGAAGAAACAACGUGGGGAAACGGUAGUGUCGGCGGAGAACAUGGACGCACACACUGAAAACUUCUCUUUGUCGCUGAAUUCCAGUGACGACGAGGCGCCCGAAGAGGUGACGUUCGAAGAGUCAAAGAACGAAGCUCUGCGCAGCAUCAACGAGGCGCUGCACACCGCCAGGAGGGAAAAGGAGGAGCUGAGAGAGAAGAGGAGGAGGAGACAUGAACUGUUCCAGGAGCAGAAGGAACGACGUCUCUUACCCGACGACGUGUUGGAGGAAAUGGGCUCUGCUGCUUGGUCACGGAGGAAACGACCUGAAGACCCAGCAGCUGAAGACGAGGACGGAGAGCCACAAGAGAAGAGGCAGAAGAAACUGCCAGAUUCUCGAAAUUUUAAAGGAAGCUACACGGUGACCACAGUGAAGGAGGGAACGUCUGUGUCAGUCCAGCAGCAGGCGGCCGAGGAUUUCAUCAAGUCCAGACUCUACGGGCCAGGAAGCUGCAGGACCACCAACAACGAGCUUCUGUCUCUGCAGAACAAGAAGAGUCUCAAUAAAAGUGCUGCGGUGCAGUUCGUCAGGAAAGACUGGGCGUCAAAGGAACGAGUCAAAGCAGAGAAGCUGAAGAAGCGAUGGCUCCACAAGCAGCAGAAUCAAACCUGCUGAGACCACGGUUCCCAUCGACCACGGCUCUCAGGUGGAAAGAAAGACGUUUGUGAGCCGCGGUAAAUACAGAGGACGGAGUGCUUUGGAUUGCAGUCCAGGGGACGUGGGCG